CCAUUAACUUAUCAGUUGGUUAGCGCAAUUCAAAUUAAAACUAAUUCAUAAUUUUAUUUCCGAUGCGCUAAAGCCAGCAUAGUUUUAAAUUCGGAAGAUGCUAUGUGACAACCGAAAACGCCUCACCGCAAUGUUCCUUGCACUAUUCCAGUGAGGAAACCGGAUAAUCAUGCGAGCGAUGAAGAGCAACGUUCCCUAUCUACCUGGUGUCACAGAGACUGAAAGCAAUAUAUCCACAAAGACAGCUGUCGAGAUAUUGCUUGUUGUUGUUGGUAGUGUUUUGCUUGUGCUGUUUGCACUGUUUGGACUUUCGACGGUAGUAACACGAUCAACAUGGUGGUAUAGACGUCGGCGCACCUAUCUUCGACGCCUGGAUCACGCAGGUCGCUGCGAAAACAUACCAUUAGAGGACAAGCUAUUCCACUACACCAGCUAUAUCCUGGAGUCGAUGUCAUUUACCAGUGGUGAAAGUGACGCGGAUACAAAGAAAAUCUCACUUCGUACAAAACUGGGGGCAAAAUCUGCCACGCGCGAUGAAUGUCAACAACCAGCUCUACCACUUCGUUUUCAGCCGGAAAAGUUAUACGGGACGGUGUCCACAGUGCACAGGGACAACCUGCGUAAAAAGAGUUGGUCCAGUUUGACCGUUCAGCCAUCCAUUUCUUCAAGCCGACGAGCAUCCAUGGUAGAUAGUCUACUACACAACACCGCCUCUCCGAAUACGAAGACUCUGUCCAAGGUUACUGCAAGCACACAAUUAUCUUCAACUCAGGCCUGUCCAAGAAAAGCGUCAGAAAAGCGCUGGAAUAUAAAUGAACUACCCCAAAUAGAUAUCACUUGUGUAUAUGAUGAGUCUGAAGUUGAAGCUACUGCUGACAGUUAUGAAAACAUUGCCACUAGUAGUAGACCGAAUGUGCGAGAGAAUUUAACUGUCACUCUUCCUGCAAGAAGAGCAUCUUCAACAAAUUUUGAGCUCCUCAAUACUCGGUCAGAAAGAAAAUUGAGCAUAACUGAAGACAGUGUACAAAGGACAGCUACGAAUGCCCAUUCAGACGUGGAGUCCAAUCCAAGCGAUCUACAUCCGAGAGCCAAGAAGCACUCGUUUGGUUACGUUUUAUCCAAAAAGCGCCCCAGCCUACGCGAAGUGAUCCAAAGGGGAUCCUUUUUCUGGCCCGAUCAAGCGCAUUCCGGAACACUGAAGGUUGAGAUGGAUGAAGUAACCAAAUCAUUCACUGCAGGAAUUCUAGCGAAACCAGAAAAGGCUACUGGAUCGGAGGAAUCUAUCACUUCAUUGACGGAGGAGCAGGAUCAACCGAAACUUCCCAGCACCCCCUUAACUUUGGAAAAUGGAGACUUUGUUGGGGUGAUUGCACUAGGAUUGGCGGUCGAUGGCUCUACUAGCUUAACUCCCUCAAAGCUGCGCAUUCAGCUCCUAGCUGCGAGAGGAUUAAAGCCUCAACGGCCCUGGCAGAAAUCCACAUAUAACUUACGCUGCAUCUGUCAUGAUUCAGACACGACACAGCAUGCUUCGGUACAGUUUAAAGAAGCUGACUUGAAGAUCCUGCGUGCACGAAAAAACUUCGAAGUAUCGUUUGACUGGACGUCACAAUCAGACUCAUACGGGGAGCUACAGAUCCAACUAUUUGAAAAUUAUUCCAAGUGGUCUGGUGAGAAAGAUCAUUACCUCGGAUCAGUCAUCAUACCAUUGAGGGAUAUCUCAAUGAAUAAACCGUCUUGGUAUAAGAUUGUCCCGGCUUACCCGAUAAUCCGGAUCAAGGCGGACGUUCUUGUAUCCCUCUGUCAGCGUCCACUUGAAGGGUUGCUCAGUAUUGGAGUGCACGAAAUUCGCAAUAUCGAUUUCGAAGCUUAUGGUCCCUGGGAUCUGGAGAACUUUAAACAGGAACUCAAACAUCGGCAGAUCGAAGUUGCCGUCCACGCAUGUCUCUUCCACGAGGGUCACUUGAGCAAAUCGAGAAAGAGUAUCUUUCUGCAACGUCCCGGUUAUCGACCUGUUCGCUCGAGGCGAGCAUCCGUCAGUAUGACUCUUGCUUCAAAAAUAUCUGCAGAUUCCGAACCAACUACAAGUGAUGUUCCAUUCAACAGACUCGUUGGAGGUGAACACUUUUUGCAAUUCUCACUUCCCGCGACAAAAAAAUCGUUCGGCAAACUCCAGUUGUCAGACUACGGUGUUGCUUUAUUCUUCUUCAGUAAGCUAUUAGUUGUCGAUCGCCUACCACUGGAGUGUGUGCGUCAGCUUAGGUCAGUUGGUGUGAGUGAAGCGAAGUAUCUGAAUGCAAUUGGCGAAUGUUUCAUUGGCGACCAGGCCGCACAGCUUGAGAAUCGAAAACAGCAUGGACUUGUUCCGAAAUUCGAUAUUCCAAGCUCCUCUCUAUGGUCGGAGGUCAGCAUUCAUGGAUCAAGCCGAGUGUACCAGUGGUUGUCUGUGGAGUAGCUAGAGUUUAAUGGCUGUACUCAGUUGACUGACUGAGCAGUCUUCUGACAUUAUUUUCAUCUCAACAGUUUGAAUCCCCUUCUUUGACAAGGUCACUCCCAUCAACUCGGCACAUUUUCUGUCAUUCGAUCAUCUAGUCCGUUUAUCGUGUUUCAUAUUAAUUAUGUCUCACGCCCCACUUAUGUGCCCAUGGUUCUCCCAAGUACUGGCUCAGUGCAAACGUCAGUUCAUUGCCAUCAAAAAUGAAAACAACUCAGUGUUUGUGUCUAUUCACCAUUCAGAUUCACCUUGAUUUGUCCACAGAAUUGUCAUUGUGUAUAGCGUUGUUAAUUCUUAGGACGCCUGAAGUAAACUGUGUUGUUCAUGUAAUAUCAUUGUUAUCCCAAUGAAGCCA